AUGUCUAAAGGCACAUACUAUGUCUGGUUCCCGUCCCCGAGAGAAAUAUUAACAGGGACGGAAGACUGUGAAAUAAAUCCAGGAGGCAAAUAUUGCUAUCAUAUCCCCAGCCAUACCAAACCGUAUAAUAGGAUAAAUCAUGGAGUGUAUGAGUGGCCUAGAACCCUAGGCAUAGAGUACAGAGACUACAGUUUACAGAAGCAAGGUUUCAUCCAGGGGGGAUUGAGGAUGCAAGAAACUGAAAGGAACGUGAGUUGGGAGGAUGUGAUAGACGGCAUACUGAAUCACAGUAUAGGAUCUAGUAAAAACAAAAAAAACAACAAAACAGACGACACGUAUGUGGGCAAGAUCGAGUCAAGAUUUUGGAAGAGUUUCGUCCAAAACGCCGGGAAAGGACCUUGUGAUAGAGCAGCCGAUUGUCAGAAACUGUUACCAUUCAUUGGUUGCGUAGUCUAUUGGUUAUGGGGACAAGAGGAACGACUGAUAAAGAGGGAGGCCAAGGCAGCUAAGGUCUGUGAGGAAGUGAAGAAAAGGAUGAUAGGAGGGAGUGACGGUGUAGAAAUAAUAGGCGAUCACCAGUGGUCAAGAAUACAAAGAGGCUCCAACAGCUGCCAAGGGAAAGACCAAUACAAGAAAUGUGCAGUAGAAGCCAUAAGCCUGGUUUUAACAGUAGCGAACUCACUGAAGCAACUGUGUCCGGGCUGUCCCCAAACAGGUCUCGAUAGUAUCCUAGGGGACAAGAUAAAAUACGGCAGCUUUCCGUGCUUUAGGUACAAGACCAUAGAAGGAGGAUAUGAAAUAUGUGAAGGAAUAGGAUCAUGUGACAACUCUGGAGAUGAGGAAGGCAGGAAUUGCUACUGUGAUCCAGCCCGUCAAGUCAGGAUCUCAAGGCAAACGACAGAUGACAGCCAAAGCGACCCUAUAAAGGGCCCCCAGAGCCCGGAGGCCCCCAAGGCAAAGCAAGACGAAACAGGUGAGAGCCGGGGGGGGGGACACGAAGCACCAGCCAAUCCAGACAAGCCAAGGCUACCAAUAGUGAAUCAUUCCACCACCGGCAACUUACCAGCAACACUAGGAGAGGGGACCCAGAACACGAAAGGGGAAAAGGGACAGGAAGAGGGAGAAGUGAUGAAUAUUUCCCAAAACAGCACGCCCGAUGAUUCAAGCACAGAACAGACAGAUCAAAGGGGCAACAGGGAACCAACAAUCACGAGAAAGGGGGAAUUAGGACACGCAUACACCCCGUUACCAGGCCCAGAACAAGGGGAAAAGCACAACCAGGUUAAUCCGAAUGUCCCCCAGGAAGUAGAGCAGAUCAGUAAUGAUCGUCAGGGGGGAUCCAUAACAGGCGGCGUAAUAGGGGGAGUAGUGGGACUUAUCAUGUUUCUGAUGAGUGGUUACGGACUUUAUCGUGUCUAUAGAAAACCAACAUUGAGCAGGAAGCAAAUUCCACCUCAGCGUCAGGACUACAAAAUAGCGUAUAUGAGACAAUGA